AUGCCAUCGCGGUCCACGUCCUCCUGCCCUGAGUUGGGCACUGGCAGCGCAGCUUCUCGUCCGGGAAGCCGUCCAGGUCCGUGUCUCGGCCGCAGAGGAGUCCGUUGCCGGCCCAGCCGACCGCGCACUGCGGAGAAGGUUGGCCCUGAGGGCAUCCUGCAGAAUGGCGCGGUGGAUGACAGCGUGGCCAAGACCAGCCAGCUGCUGGCCGAGCUGAACUUCGAAGAAGACGAAGAAGACACCUACUACACGAAGGACCUCCCCAUCCACGCAUGCAGUUACUGUGGAAUACACGAUCCUGCCUGCGUGGUUUACUGUAACACCAGCAAGAAGUGGUUCUGCAACGGCCGUGGAAAUACUUCUGGCAGCCACAUUGUAAAUCACCUCGUGAGGGCCAAAUGCAAAGAGGUGACCCUGCACAAGGACGGGCCGCUGGGGGAGACGGUCCUGGAGUGCUACAACUGCGGCUGCCGCAACGUCUUCCUCCUGGGCUUCAUCCCCGCCAAAGCUGACUCUGUUGUGGUCCUGCUGUGCAGGCAGCCCUGUGCCAGUCAGAGCAGCCUCAAGGACAUCAACUGGGACAGCUCGCAGUGGCAGCCCCUGAUCCAGGACCGCUGCUUCCUGUCCUGGCUCGUCAAGAUCCCCUCAGAGCAGGAGCAGCUGCGGGCGCGGCAGAUUACAGCCCAGCAGAUCAACAAGCUGGAGGAGCUCUGGAAGGAAAACCCUUCGGCCACCCUGGAGGACCUGGAGAAGCCCGGGGUAGACGAGGAGCCGCAGCACGUGCUGCUGCGCUACGAAGACGCCUACCAGUACCAGAACAUCUUCGGCCCCCUGGUCAAGCUGGAGGCUGACUACGACAAGAAGCUGAAGGAGUCGCAGACGCAAGAUAACAUCACGGUCAGGUGGGACCUGGGCCUUAACAAGAAGAGAAUCGCCUACUUCACUUUGCCCAAGACUGACUCUGGUAAUGAGGAUUUAGUCAUAAUUUGGUUAAGAGACAUGCGGCUCAUGCAGGGCGACGAGAUCUGCCUGCGCUACAAGGGCGACCUGGCGCCCCUGUGGAAGGGCAUCGGCCACGUCAUCAAGGUCCCUGACACAAACUUAACUCAGCGCCCAGAUUACGGUGAUGAGAUCGCCAUUGAGCUCCGCAGCAGCGUGGGUGCCCCCGUGGAGGUGACGCACAACUUCCAGGUGGACUUCGUGUGGAAGUCGACCUCGUUUGACAGGAUGCAGAGUGCGCUGAAGACCUUCGCGGUGGACGAGACCUCGGUGUCUGGCUACAUCUACCACAAGCUGCUGGGCCACGAGGUGGAGGACGUCAUCAUCAAGUGCCAGCUGCCGAAGCGCUUCACGGCGCAGGGGCUCCCCGACCUCAAUCACUCGCAGGUGUACGCCGUGAAGACCGUGCUGCAGCGGCCGCUCAGCCUCAUCCAGGGCCCGCCCGGCACAGGGAAGACCGUCACGUCCGCCACCAUCGUCUACCACCUGGCUCGGCAGGGCAACGGGCCCGUGCUUGUCUGUGCCCCUAGCAAUAUUGCCGUGGAUCAGCUGACGGAGAAGAUCCACCAGACAGGGCUGAAAGUCGUGCGCCUCUGUGCCAAGAGCCGUGAGGCCAUCGACUCCCCGGUGUCCUUCCUGGCCCUGCACAACCAGAUCAGGAACAUGGACAGCAUGCCGGAGCUGCAGAAGCUGCAGCAGCUGAAGGACGAGACCGGGGAGCUGUCGUCUGCCGAUGAGAAGCGGUACCGGGCCCUCAAGCGCACGGCAGAGCGGGAGCUGCUCAUGAACGCCGACGUCAUCUGCUGCACCUGUGUGGGUGCCGGUGACCCGCGGCUGGCUAAGAUGCAGUUCCGCUCCAUCCUGAUCGACGAGAGCACCCAGGCCACAGAGCCUGAGUGCAUGGUUCCCGUGGUCCUCGGGGCCAAGCAGCUGAUCCUUGUGGGCGACCACUGCCAGCUGGGUCCAGUGGUGAUGUGCAAGAAGGCGGCCAAGGCCGGGCUGUCACAGUCGCUGUUUGAGCGCCUGGUGGUGCUGGGCAUCCGCCCCAUUCGCCUGCAGGUCCAGUACCGCAUGCACCCCGCGCUCAGCGCCUUCCCGUCCAACAUCUUCUACGAGGGCUCGCUGCAGAAUGGCGUCACUGCAGCCGACCGUGUGAAGAAGGGUUUCGACUUCCAGUGGCCCCAGCCCGACAAGCCCAUGUUCUUCUACGUGACCCAGGGCCAGGAGGAGAUCGCCAGCUCGGGCACGUCCUACCUGAACCGGACGGAAGCUGCCAACGUGGAGAAAAUCACCACCAAGCUGCUGAAGGCUGGCGCCAAGCCUGACCAGAUUGGCAUCAUCACGCCCUACGAGGGCCAGCGCUCCUACCUGGUGCAGUACAUGCAGUUCAGUGGCUCCCUGCACACCAAGCUCUACCAGGAGGUGGAGAUUGCCAGUGUGGAUGCCUUCCAGGGACGCGAGAAGGACUUCAUCAUCCUGUCCUGCGUGCGGGCCAACGAGCACCAAGGAAUCGGCUUUCUGAACGACCCCCGGCGUCUGAAUGUGGCCCUGACCAGAGCUAGGUACGGUGUCAUCAUCGUGGGCAACCCGAAGGCGCUGUCGAAGCAGCCGCUGUGGAACCACCUGCUGAAUUACUACAAGGAGCAGAAGGUGCUGGUGGAGGGGCCGCUCAACAACCUGCGCGAGAGCCUCAUGCAGUUCAGCAAGCCGCGCAAGCUGGUCAACACCAUCAACCCGGGGGCCCGCUUCAUGACAACUGCCAUGUACGACGCCCGAGAGGCCAUCAUCCCGGGCUCCGUGUAUGACCGCAGCAGCCAGGGCCGGCCCUCGAACAUGUACUUCCAGACCCACGACCAGAUCGGUGUGAUCAGCGCCGGCCCCAGCCACGUGGCUGCCAUGAACAUUCCCAUCCCCUUCAACCUGGUCAUGCCGCCCAUGCCGCCGCCGGGCUACUUUGGACAGGCCAACGGGCCAGCGGCGGGCCGGGGUGCCCCGAAAAGCAAGACUGGUCGUGGGGGGCGCCAGAAGAACCGCUUCGGGCUCCCUGGGCCCAGCCAGACCACCCUCCCCAACAGCCAAGCCAGCCAGGAUGUGGCAUCGCAGCCCUUCUCGCAGGGUGCGCUGACACAGGGCUACAUCUCCAUGAGCCAGCCCUCGCAGAUGAGUCAGCCUGGCCUCUCCCAGCCUGAGCUGUCCCAGGACAGUUACCUGGGGGAUGAGUUUAAAUCACAGAUCGACGUGGCACUAUCACAGGACUCCACGUACCAGGGAGAGCGGGCGUACCAGCACGGCGGGGUGACAGGGCUGUCCCAGUACUAGAAGGUGGUGGCGGAAGAGCUAAGCUCUGUGGCUUAGUGCAUCAGCAUCUUAUUCUGGGUAA